GCUCAGCAGCCAGAGCAGCAGCUUGGGCAGCAAGAGCAGACCAAACAGAUACCCUGGGCAUCCUUUCAAACGGCUGCAGGCUUGUCUUCUCUUACCCUUGCUGGGAACAUGGGAGCUUCUUUGCCCUUCCUGCCAGGCAGGAUACCACUUUGGGAACCCACUGAAAUAUGUCAGUUCUUUUCUCAGAUUCUGGGGUUUCUGCAAGUCAUCUAAACCAAGGUCCUUUCUGAAACUCUAUCUCUUUUAAGGAUCCUGAUUGGGAUUUAUUUUGUUUUUUUUUCCAUCUCAGAUAUUGCUAUAUAGAUUGGUUUUUCAUGUUUCCCAUCCCGGUUAACUUUCCUGUGACUCAGUUUAACUCUUGAGAUCCACAUGGAUGGCUAUUCUUAAGAGCACUUUUCCUACAUUUUCUGUCCCUUUCUGGGGUUGGAUUUGAUAUUAACUGGACUCAGUGUGCCUGUGUGUGUUUUGAUUGCUCUGAAAAUUUUCUUUCCUUCACAAGAACUAUACAUUAGCUGUAACCAAGACCUGUGAAUAAUCGUAGGCUUGGCUUGAUCUUGAUUUUUGGGACUUUGUUGGAAGAUCUGUUUGCAUUUAAUGAAGUUAUUGCUCUCCAUCCAUUGUUUAGGUUUUAAGCUGCUUUGCCAGCUUCUGUGACAUAGUCACUUCUGGACAAUUCUGAUUUUUUUAAUAAACUAACUUUUUGUCCCCCCCCAUUUCUUAAAUAUUAUGAACCCUUUCGGGGGUCUGGUGGAGGAGCCUCAUUCUACUCUUUGAUGUGAUUGAUAGUCCUGCCAUUCCGUGUGGCUGAUUUUUGUUUUAAUAUACAAUGGCUUUGAGUGGAAACUGCAGGACUUACCUCCCUCCUAGAGAACAAGGGGCUGGUCUACAUGCCUUCCCAGAGGUGGUGGAGCUAAACGUAGGUGGUCAAGUAUACUUCACUCGCCAUUCCACCUUGGUGGGCAUCCCCCACUCCUUGCUGUGGAAAAUGUUCACCCCCAAGAGAGAGACAGCCAGUGAUCUAGCUAAGGACUCCAAGGGAAGGUUCUUCAUUGAUAGAGAUGGUUUCCUCUUCCGCUACAUUCUGGACUAUCUCAGGGACAAGCAAGUGGUCCUGCCUGAUCACUUCCCAGAAAAGGGAAGGCUCAAAAGGGAAGCUGAAUAUUUUCAGCUCCCAGACUUGGUCAAACUCCUAACUCCUGAUGAUGUCAAGCAAAGCCCCGAUGACUAUUGCCACAGCGACUACGAGGAGGUCUCUCAAGGCAGUGACACAAGAAUAUGCCCCCCAUCAUCACUCUUACCUUCAGAUCGAAAGUGGGGUUUCAUUACCAUUGGGUACAGGGGGUCGUGCACCAUGGGAAGAGAAAGCCAAGCUGAUGCCAAGUUCAGGAGAGUCCCGAGGAUUUUGGUUUGUGGAAGGAUUGCUCUAGUCAAAGAGGUCUUUGGAGAAAGUUUGAAUGAGAGUAGAGACCCAGAUAGAGCACCGGAAAGAUACACCUCCAGGUUCUAUCUCAAGUUCAAGCACCUGGAGAGGGCUUUUGACAUGCUGUCAGAAUGUGGAUUCCACAUGGUGGCCUGCAAUUCCUCAGUGACGGCUUCUUUUGUCAAUCAGUACACAGAUGAUAAAGUCUGGUCCAGUUACACUGAAUACGUCUUCUACCGUGAACCUUCAAGGUGGUCUUCAUCCCAUUGUGACUGCUGCUGCAAAACUGGCAAAGGAGAUAAAGAGGGGGAAAGUGGCACAUCUUGCAAUGAACUAUCCACUUCCAGCUGUGACAGCCAAUCAGAAGCCAGCUCCCCACAAGAGACUGUCAUCUGUGGCCCAGUCACCCGCCAGCCCAACAUACAGACUCUAGAUCGGCCAAUCAAGAAGGGCCCAGUACAGCUACUUCAGCAGUCUGAAAUCCGAAGAAAAAGUGACCUGCUCCGAACUCUAACAUCUGGCUCCAGAGAAUCCAACUCUAGCAAAAAAAAAGCAGUGAAAGAAAAGCUCUCAAUUGAGGAAGAGUUAGAAAAAUGCAUCCAGGAUUUCCUUAAAAUCAAAAUCCCAGACAGGUUUCCAGAAAGGAAACACCCCUGGCAAUCCGAACUGCUACGAAAGUAUCAUCUAUAAGAGCAGGGUGGGGUAGGGGGGAAAUAACCUUAUUGCAAUUUACAGAUCAAGAUCCUUAAUGAUAAGGAAAUAAAAGGAAUAAUAACCAUUUGUUAGGUCACAAAAAACAAAAAUCCAUCUUGAUAGUACUGCCUAAUUUGCCUCUUUCACCUUAACAUUUAUAGUCACAGGGUAAUGAUAUUU